UAUGCCAUCACUUUUGCCGCAAUUAUUGCAUGCCGGCUCCCGGCCUCGAAAUAAAUAAAACCCAACUCCCAGCCCCACGCACUCAACAGUUCCCAACAUGUCGUCAUAUCGCCCGGAAUUCACACAAUCGGAGCAAUCGAACAUCGACGCAGAAUUCUCUAGAUUGGCCAACAACAAGAGCAUUUACCUGGAUCAUGCGGGCACCACCUUGUAUGCUGAGAACCAGGUGACAGCCGCCGCGGAGCAACUGCGCCGGAAUGUCUUCUGCAAUCCGCACACCUGCCGCCUCACCGGUGACUUUGUGGACCAGGUGCGAUUCAAGAUCUUGGAAUUCUUCAACACCACCGCCGAGGACUACCAUGUGAUCUUCACAGCAAAUGCCACCGCUGCCCUGUCUUUGGUGGCUGAGAAUUUUGACUUUGGUUCGUCGGGUAACUUUCACUUUUGCCAGGAGAAUCACACCUCGGUUCUGGGCAUGAGGGAAAGGGUCCAGGCCACUGGCAUUUAUAUGCUGACGGAAAAGGAGAUCUCUGGUGAAUUAAGCCAGCAGAAUGGAGAAUCCCCUAGGACAGCCAGCGGCAGCUCCCUGGUGACCUUCUCCGCCCAGUGCAACUUUAGUGGCUACAAAAUCCCACUGGAGGCCAUUGGAAACAUCCAAAGAAAUGGCCUAAGCCAACCUGGAAAACUAAUUUGGACUUCUCAGAAGGAAUCACAUGACAUUGAUAAUAGCAACUACUAUGUCUGUCUUGAUGCCGCUUCCUUUGUGGCCACCAGUCCCUUGGAUCUGCAGAAAUACCAGCCCGAUUAUGUGUGCCUUAGUUUCUACAAGAUAUUUGGCUAUCCCACGGGUGUGGGCGCUUUGCUAGUAAGCAAGCGGGGAGCCGAAGCCUUUGGAAAGCGAAGAUUUUUCGGUGGCGGUACCAUCAACUAUGCUUAUCCGCAUGCCAUGGACCACCAGCUGAGGGAGUCCUUUCACCAGCGAUACGAGGAUGGGACAUUGCCCUUUCUGGCGAUUGUGGGACUGCUUGAGGGCUUUCGCACGCUGGAGAGAUUGGUGCCCAGAAUGGAGGGUUUAACAACCAUGGAAAGGAUCUCCAGGCAUGUUCACGGCUUGGCCAAGUACCUGGAGGACCAGCUGAAGCAACUGCAGCAUCCCAAUGGCGAACCCCUCAUUCAAUUGUACAACAAAGUUGGCUACGAGGACAAGAGCCGGCAGGGCGGCAUCGUUGCCUUUAAUGUACGCACAGAUUCCGGUUCUUUUGUGGGCUUUGGCGAGAUUGCUUGCGUGGCGGCCCUUCAUGGGAUUCUCCUACGCACCGGCUGCUUCUGCAAUAUUGGAGCCUGCCAAUACUAUUUGGGUUUGGAUGAGGAAGCCAUGGAUGCGAUUUACAAGCGAGCUGGUCGCAUAUGCGGCGAUUACUACGAUCUCAUUGAUGGCCAGCCCACGGGAGCGGUGCGUGUGUCUUUUGGUUAUAUGACCACGCGCCAGGAUGUGGACGAGCUGCUGAAAAUGCUGCGCUCUAGCUAUGUGGCCAGCAAGCCGCACCAGCGGAUUCUGUUCAUCGAGGAGCAGGCGGAACAACUGCCGCCGGUUCUGAAGCAACGUGUCCAGAGGCUGCGGCCAAAACUCCUACAAAUGGCCAUAUAUCCGGUCAAGUCCUGUGCCGCCUUCAAGAUUAGUUCGCCGGGUGAGUCGUGGCCCCUGACUGAGCAGGGCUUAAAGUACGACAGGGAGUGGAUGAUUGUGGACAUGAAUGGCAUGGCUCUCACCCAGAAACGCUGCACGGAACUGUGCUUGAUCAGGCCGGUGAUUACCGAGGAUCUUCUGGAGCUGCACUUUGGUGACUCUUCAGUGUCGGUGCCCCUCUCCCUGCAGGACCAGGCGGCUGACUCGGCCAAGUGCGUCAGCAAGGUGUGUCGGCAGCCUGUGAACGGCUUGGAUUGUGGCGAAAUCGUUGCCCAGUGGCUAAGUGAAAAUCUUGGACUGGAGGGUCUGCGUUUGCUCCGGCAAUCGGGACACAGGAACUCGUCCAAGGAUCAGCAGAAGCUGAGUCUGGUCAAUCAGGCUCAAUUCCUGCUGGUGAACCGCUCGUCUGUGCGAUCCCUGCGGUUCGAAGAGGAUCUCGACGAGACUGUGGAUCGUUUCCGGGCCAAUAUUAUCAUUGAUACGGGUUCGGCCUUUGAGGAGCUCUCCUUCCAGGAGCUCACCAUUGGGCAGGUGCAUUUUCGAGUGGAGGGUCCCUGUCAGCGUUGCGAUAUGAUAUGUAUUAAUCAACGGACCGGCGAACGAUCCCCGGAGACGCUGACCACAAUUUCCCGCCUCCAAAAGGGUCGCAUGCGGUUUGGCAUUUAUAUUACCAGGGUGGCCAAGGCAAACGAGGAGGCCGACGGCAAGGAGCAGCACAUGUCCUGCGGCGAUGUCGUUCUGGCGGAGUGAGUAGCACGCAGUAAUCCGCAAAAGUGGUUAGAUUUAUAUCAGGGUAAAAAUUAUUGCCAAAAAUAGUACACCAUAUUCCAUCCAUAAUUUUGAAACUGGCUAUAAUUGUAUUCAAAUAUAUAUUUCAAAAGGAAAUAUAAAAAAAAUAUUUAUAAAAAUGUUUAAUUUUGUUAAAUCUCAAAACUUUUUAAUAAUUAUUUUAUAAAUAUGUUUAAUACAAAAUAUUUGGAUUUACAUUUUUCUUAGAAAUACUUCAACAAACAUUCACAAAUAGCUUAAGCAAUUUUUGUAAGCGCAUACCUCUUGCCAGUGUCUUAAACCUUUGAAAGGUAAAAAAAAAACAAAGACAACACAAUAAAAUCUAUUUGUAAAAACUUAA